CCCCGUAGCAGAACCCCACCCCAAUAAAAGCACCAUGCCGGCAGUCCUCCUCCUCCUCCUCCUUCAGCUCCCCACCCCUCCCAAAACCCCAGUUCAUUCCCGAGUUUCAAAUCCGCCACCUUUCACACAUACACACCUACACAAGAACCAAACCCAAGGCAAGGUCUCCUCAAAAGGACCACUUCCUCAUAGCCCGUGAGCUCUCUCUCUCUCUCACUCUCUCUCCUCCCACCUAGCAGCAGCUGCUUAAAGAGGAGGGGAGGAGCAAUGUCGGAGCAGCCAUUGCCGCAGCCUCGGAGCAGCAUGCGGGAGGCGCUGGAGAAGGAGGACAAGGAGAAGGCGGCGGCGGUCAAGGAGAAGGCGCCCGUGCCCAAGAACGGCGGCGGCGCCGGAGGCAAGAACGGGGGCGGGAACGGUGGAGGCGGGGGGAACAACGGCGGAGGGGGCCCGCCCGGGGAGGAGAUGGCGCGGGAGAUACAGGUGGUGAGGGAGGCGUACCGCCGGGAGACGGCGGCGCCGGCGUACGUGAUACCGGAGGAGCCGCCGGCCAUGGUGGAGCUGGUGGGCUGGUACAUCUACAGCUUCUGCUCCUACUUCAUCACCCACCUGCUGCUGCCGGUGCUCUUCCCGGCCAUCGUCACGCAGGUCGCGCUCCCCUCCUCCGACUUCACGCUGGACCCCAAGUACACCGUCAAGGGCGCCACCUGCUCCGUCCAUGAGAUGUCCAUGUACCAAAGGCUGACCAGGCAUUCCAUUGUCAUUGAUGGAUCCCGGAUGUCACCGUUGGGCUGGAGUGGUCUAUCAUGGGCUAUAGGCAUCCUCAUUGUGGCGCCGAUCCUCACCCAAACUGCGCACCACCUCGACCGUGGCCAGUACCAGUCACUCAUCCUCAUUGCUGCCACAUCCUUUGGCUCAUUCUUCUGCCUCCUCACUGGAUUCUUCAAGACAGUAUGGGUGUUCUUGUUCUACAUCCUCUUCAUUGCUGGAGCAAUCAUUGUUGCUGAGGCGGUGCACACCCGCAAUCUUGGACUGAUGAUCCGUGGCCUUGCUGCGCACGAUUCAGGCAAGCACCUUGUUCUUCGCCGUCGUGCUGCUGCCAGCCAGCUCACUCUGUAUAGCACUGCCAUUGGAGGCAUUGGGGCUGCCCUCAUGGCUGCGUUCAUGUACCACAUGCUGCGGCGCACUGACCAGCUUACUGGUCUGUGGGUCGUCUCCAUCUUCAGUGGCCUUAUCUGGUUCAUUGGCAUCUGCCAUGGUCUCUUCACAAAUCGGCCUAGCAGCUCAUCACCCACCACGCCAAUUGAGCCCAACUUUUUUACCAAGCUCAGCUACAGCAUGACCCUUGUGCGUUACCCACAGGCCAUUGGAAGCUUGGUUGCAGUGUUGCUGUCAUCUUUUGCCACAAUGUGUAUCUUCACCAGUGGCACACUCUAUGCUAUUGGUGGUGUUUGCAUCAAGCCAGUCCUUGUGCUUGUGCUUUGGAUCCUCUACUUCCUAUUCCCGUUGAUCUCACUUCCACUUCUCCACCCAAUCCAGAUUAUCAUUCGUGCUGAUGCUGUUCGCAUGCAGCUGCUUGGGUUCAUUAUCUGCCUAUUCGUGUCCGGUGCUGGGUUCUACUUCAAGGGCCACAGGUGGAGGGCUGCACACAUCAUCGUUAUUGCCCUUGUCCAGAGCACUGCCAAUGGUGUACUGUACUCGUUUGGUCGCAUCCUGCUGCUCGACGCCUCACCGCCAGGGAAGGAGGGCGCAUUUGCGGUCUGGUAUGCAUUUGUGCGGUGCAUCGGUGCGAUGAUUGGCUUUGCUGCUGCAUCAGCUAGCCCUGGGCGCGCUGGAGGAUCAUUUGCUGCUGCAUUCCUGGGGAGCUUCCUUGGCAUCAUCGUGCUGAUCUUUGGCAAUGUUAGCAACAUAGGGGCACUGAAGGCUGCAGGGCAUCUCAAGGGAAUGGACGAUGAGAAGAGGCUGGGUGGUCUUGGCAUGGAGAAAGGCGAGAGCAUGAGCGCAGUCGCUGAUUCAGGCGAAGGCAGGGGAAGGGUAUGAUGAUUAAAUGGUAUAUCUGGGAGGAAAAAAGAUUGCAUUGCUAUGGAGGUUGUACUUGUGAGAAGGAUUGUUUCUUGGUCUUGUUGCAGUGACACUGUUAAUUGCAGUGCUUUGCCCCUUUUAUUGGUGAUGGAUGACAUAGUGGUAGAAGAGUGUGUGCUAGUUGUUGAUGUGUUAUUCUUUUGCUUGGAAGACAACUGUAACUGAUGAUAUGGUUCUUUGUUCAUCACCCAACCCAAAAUCUCUAGCAGUCGAGCUUCAUGAUAUCUGUCGAAAUAUGUGAUUGUGUAGAGUGAAAUAAACUUACCCUGUAAUCUUUGUAGUGCUUAGUCACUUGUCAAAUGCAUUCACUGCCAUUUCGUGCGUCGUUA